ACCAUGAACAGCAGCUCCAACUGCAGUGAGACAGACCUCAAGCCCUACUACGCCGUCACCUACACGGUGAUCCUGAUCCCCGGGCUCAUCGGCAACACCCUGGCCUUGUGGGUCUUCUAUGGCUACAUGAAAGAGACUAAGAGGGCCGUGAUAUUCAUGAUCAAUUUAGCCAUUGCUGACUUGUCACAGGUGCUGUCCUUGCCCCUGAGGAUUUUUUACUACCUGACGGGCACGUGGGAGUUCGGGGGAGGUCUCUGCAUGCUCUGCUUCUACCUGAAGUACGUCAAUAUGUACGCCAGCAUCUACUUCUUGGUGUGCAUCAGCGUGAGGAGGUACCUGUUCCUCAUGCACCCCUUCAAAUUCAGUGACUGCAGGCGUGUCUGUGAUGUCUACAUCAGCAUCGUGGGCUGGGUCGUGGUCUGUGUGGGGUGCCUGCCUUUCCCUCUCCUCAGGAUGCAGCACCAGGAGGACAAAAAUGCCUGUUUUGUGGAUCUUCCCAUCAAGAAACUUGACCUGCCCACCUCCAUCACGCUGAUGACCAUAGGGGAGUUGGUGGGGUUUGUCACCCCCCUGCUCAUCAUCCUGUACUGCUCCUGGAAGACAAUCCUAUCACUAAAAGAGAGGCACUCUGCUUCCCGGGACCUGGGCGAGAAAAAGAAGGCUUUAAAGAUGAUCCUCACCUGCGCCCUGGUGUUCCUGAUCUGCUUUGGACCUUACCACAUCAGCUUCCCCCUGGAUUUCUUUGUGAAAACGGGGCAGAUCCAGGAGGGCUGCGUGCCCAUCUCGGUGUUCCACGCCGUGGCUUUGUGCCUCGCCAGCCUCAACUCCUGCGUGGAUCCCAUCAUCUACUACUUCACCACGGACGAGUUCAGGAGACGCCUCUCCAGGCAGGACCUGCAGGACAGCAUCCAUCUCCAGCACCUCAGCCACGGCAGGAGGCACUCCAGGGAUGUGCUUGGGGAGGACACCACAGAAUACUGAUUCCCAGCACUCCCAAUGUUCAUGACAUUUUGGCCUUUGCCGCAGUUUUUUUCCCCCAGGACACUGAGAACAACAACUCAAACUUCUGCUUUCGGUGAGGGUUGGAAUAAACAAACAACUCCCACCCUCAAAAAUACCCAAACCUGACCAAAAACGUGUUGAUUUAAUA